GAUGGAUAUCGCUUCAGCUGCUACGUAGCCUCAGAGUGGGAGGGGACUGCCCUUCUCCUAGCUUUUCCAUUGGUUUUUACAGCCUGCACGGUGGAGAGGGGGGCGCCGCUAAUCAUAUCCAGCAUGUUUUGCACAAGAAAUGUCAGCCAGAACGGGCUAUCUACUGCCUUCGCCAAAAUAUCCCACAAUAAUGUCAUGUUCGGACAGUCCGUCAGGAAAUGCGUUUUUAGUGGAUUCUCUGAUCAGUGGUCGCACUGAGAGCAGCGGAGGUCACUACACAGGGAGCGCGGUGUGCGUCCCGCACAGCACCGCUGCAGAAGUGCCUUAUGGACUACACAACUACGGAUACUUCCCAGAUGUGGGUAAGCGGGGCGAGGUGGCACCCCAAAACAUGGUUUCCACCUCAGGCGCGUACAUGUCCAGCAUGGAGAUGUGGAUGGACGCGCAGAGGUCGUGUCGAAUGGACCAAGAUCACUCGGUAGGUCCGCAGGUCGCGCCCUGCUCGUUUCCACAGAACAUUAAGGAAGAGAGCACCUACUGCCUGUAUGAGCAACCGAAGUGCCCUAAAGCUUCGACCGCCGAAGAUCUGACGUAUUCACGGUUAACUACAGGCGGUAUGGGCUCCACUUCUUGCACAGUUACCGAUGGCGGCGGAGGCGGCGGGGGCUCUGUGCCUGUGCCGGGCUACUUCCGCUUGUCUCAGACGCACGCACAUUCUCAUAAACUUUACAACACCAACGGCCCCCAGCCGAACCCUUCCCAUUCCCAUUUUGGCCUACACCCCACUGCUCCUGCUCGCUUCCACACGCCAACAACAGCACCGACUUCUGCUCCAGCCACGGCGCAGAAAGUGAGGAACGCCGAGGAACCCGUGUCCUCAGGAAACGAGCUGCAGCCCGAAGCUGCAGCGGGGACCGAGGACGUGCACGAGUCCUCGGAUACAGAGGUGUUCUCUGCUGAUGAGACAGACGAGGCUGACAAAGAGAGACCGGCUAAAGAAACAAAAGGAGACUCUAAAAGUGAAAACACGGCCAACUGGCUGACAGCAAAAAGCGGGAGGAAGAAACGCUGCCCAUAUACCAAGCACCAAACCCUCGAGCUGGAGAAGGAGUUCCUCUUCAACAUGUACCUGACCCGAGAGCGCCGCCUAGAGAUCAGUAAAAGCGUCCACCUGACAGACAGACAGGUUAAAAUCUGGUUCCAGAACCGCAGAAUGAAACUGAAAAAGAUGACGCGAGAAAACAGGAUCCGGGAGCUCACGUCCAACUACGGAUUUUCAUGAUGAAAGAAAAUUAUCUUAAUAAAAUAAAAUAAAAAGAAUGAGGCAGGUUGUCCACAUAGUGACUCAUGGUUGAGGCACAACUUUCCAAAAAGCUGCAGUGCGUCGUCCUCUGUGAGCUACUGACAAAAAGUUAAAAGAGAAUAUAUAUAUA